AUGUAUCCAAGGGAAGAUGAGGCCGUUUUAAAGAUCUGCUGGGAACCUCGACACAGCGACAAACCGUGCGCCGACUCCGAGAGGGCUCAGAGAUGGCGAAUGUCCCUAGCCUCUCUCCUGUUCUUCACCGUCCUGCUGUCUAAUCACCUCUGGCUGGUCUCCGCUGGGGCCAAAGCAAGAGGCAGCUUCUCGUUCAGCCUCCAGCCAGCCCUGGGGGAGCAGGCCAACUCCAGCAUGCUGUCCCUCCAGAGCUUCCCAUGGGAGGGCAGGGGGUGCUGGGACAACUUCCUAAGCAAUCUGACCAAAUCUGCUGCUCACAGUCCGCAUUGCACUGGUGCCAGGUCCUCUCACCUGGAUUAUGCCUGCACCAAACUGCAUUACUUGCAAAGACAUCGAGGGUCUCUGUUUCCACCCUCUCCCCAAACCUCCUCCACCUCCUGGUCCAACCACCCUUUCUCUUUUUCCUCCAAGAGGAACUUUUUGAAGGCUUAUUUUCGCAACCUCACCCUGUCCUUUUGUAAUACUUACACCCUUCUGGAUCUGCUGCUGGGCAUGCCUAACCCCGACAGCCUGAACUGCAGCCUGGAGAAACUGAUGGAGGACUUCGCAGGGGCAGCUGCAGCUUCUUCUGCCCUCCUUGAGGGUGAGGUGUGCAGUAGCUGUGUCCAAGCUUACCAGAGACUGGAUCAACACGCUCAGGAAAAAUACGAGGAGUUUGACUUUGUGUUGGAGAAAUACCUGCAAGCUGGGGAGUACUCUGUGAGAUCCUGCGUGGGGGACUGCAAGCCUCUCUCUGUAAUGGGCCACUCGGGCUGCUGCCUACUACAACAGAAAGCAACAGAAACCAUGGCAACUAAAACCGCCUGCCAGAAAAUGCAGACGCCAACUCCUGCAUUGCAAUCAGCAGAGCCUGCUAUCUGUACCAGAGGGGAAGAGGGGGAGGAAGAGAAGAAGGGAGACACAGAGGAAGAAAACUAA